AUGCACUUGCUAUCUACGGCAGUAAUUCCCAAGGCUGUGUUCCGGGCUAUCGAGCGAACCUGUGCCAACUUUCUGUGGGGGGCUUCAAAGGAGGGAUCAAGGUAUCAUUGGAUUGGCUGGACUAAGCUUUAUCUCCCGCCUGAGGAGGGAGGGGCGGGGUUUUGUCGGCUUAGCGAUAUAUACGGCUUUCUCUUACAAGCUCUGGUGGCAGUUCCGGACCAGGUCGUCCUUGUGGGUUUCCUUCAUGCAGGCAAAGGUCACUGGGAUGCUCAUCUCCUGGCUCAGUUCCUUCCACGGGAUAUGAUGUCUUUUGUGUUGGGGAAGCCGGUCCCCACUGAACAUUCUACUGAUGAGGUGGUGUGGAUGCUGGAGAGUUUUGAGAAAUUUUCGUUAGCCUCGGCCUAUCAUGAGGUACGGCAUGUCGGCAAUGCUUCAGUCAUGCUCUCUAGGGUUUGGCAGCGUCCAACCCCCGUCAAGGUAUCAUUUUUCAUGGUUCAACUUCUAAUGGGUCGAUUGCCCUUGGAUGACGUGCUCUGUACGUUUGGGUUUCAUGUCCCGUCAAAAUGUGUAUGUUGCCUUUCCCCGGCAGCGGAGUCCAUUGAGCAUGUGUUUGCCACAGGUAAGGUUGCUAUGGCAAUAUGGGCAUUCUUUGGGAGUUUGUGUGGCAUCUCUAGCAUAGUCCCGAAUAGAGCAGUCUUUGAGGGUAUUCAACCGCAUCCCCCUUCAAUUUGCCAGGAUAUUUUUCUGGAGACCACAUUCCUUCUUGAAGGGCAGUUCAAGCAGUAUGUUGGGGCUUGGUUGUUUUUGCAGUUGUGUGAUUGGUCGUCUCAGUCGGGGCAGCGUUUCGAGAUCAAACUUGUUUGUUGGGAACCAGCUGUAAUGGGAGCACUUACCUUGAACACGGAUGGCUGCUCUAGGAGUAAUCUUGGGCCAUGUGGUGGUAGAGGAGUGCUACAGGAUCCAUCGGGGUGCCCCUUGGUGGGAUUUUCGGCUUUUUUGGAAGUGACAUUUAGCUUCCAGGUAGAAACGCUGGCUCUUCUAAUGGGGCUUCGGAUAUGUGUUCAAAAGGGGUUCACGAAUGUUAGCAUUCAAUUGGAUUCUCUGGUGUUGGUGGGGAUUCUUCAACUCCGACUUCACUAUCCUUGGCAUAUCCGCUUGGAGGUCCGGCAAAUAUGGAAGCUGGCAGGAGAUCCCCCUAGGCUUUUCCAUUAUUUUAGAGAGGCAAAUAAGGUGACAGAUACUUUGGCUAAUGUUGGGGUAGCACACCCCCACCAUGCUGUUAAGCUCUAUGAGCAUUGGAAUGAAUGGCCGAGGCUGGCUUGCGGAGGAAUUAGCCUAGAUAGCAUGGGAGCUCCUUCUGUUAGGAGAGUGCGAACCCCCUAA